AUGUCAAAACCUCCAUUGAGUAGGACCACAAACUCGGCCCAAUCCACGACUCCACCAGCUGCCGCUGAGCCAGGUCCCGAUUGGCCCGUAGCGAAAAAGCUUUGGGGAAUUGCUUGGGAGUUCCAUUGGGCUGGACUGGGGACUCUCUUCAGUAUAUUAGCCGUACGCUCUUUCCUCGUUCUAGCGCAAGUUCGAACCAGACAGGGAUUUGGCCGAAAGCCCUUGUUUAUAGCCAUAAACUCUUUGCUUUUUACUUUAGGUGCAACGAGAGCCUUGUUUUUAUUUCUUGACCCUUACUCCUCAGCAGAAAAUGGGAUUGAAAUCCCACCCUGGAUAUCAACAUUAGUUUUUGGCAUAACCUAUCCCUGUUUGACAUCUUCCUUCUGUUUGAUUCACUUGGCUUUUAUUGAAGUGGCAAAGAUCCAGCUUGGAUCUAAAAGGCUCCAAGAUGUUCGCUUUUUAGGUGGUAUCAUUGGAAUUCACUUUGCCAUCGUAAUAACUGCAGAAACAACAACUGCCCUCAAACCCGAUUUUGCAUCGUUGCUGAUCAUAUGCCAAUCAUUCUUCAUCCUCUGGGGCCUUAUACUGUCUGCGAGCUUUAUCUACAGUGGUUUGAAAGUCAUCAAUCAAGCUUCGAGAGUACAAAAACAAAUCGAGAGCAUCGAACUUGGAAAUAGCACAAUCAGAAGAACAUCUAAAAGACCAAGGAAAACAUCAAAAGUUGCUAAAGUAACUCUUGUAACGAGUGUUUUGGGAUUUGUUUGUUGUGGACUGCAGAUUUAUUCAAUGUUCGGUGUUUAUGGAUUGUAUAGUAAAGUUGUUAAUCCGUCUCCUUGGCCAUGGUGGGUGUUUCAAACGUGUUUUCGGUUGGUUGAAUUCGUUAUGGCUUGUACACUAGCCUACAGUGUGACGCAACCUGUGAAACCCGGAAACAUGGCCAAAAACUGAGAAUAUAAACUGGUAUAAAGUGACCAAACGUAAACUUUGGAGGGUGCUUCAAUUUUCACGUUCUUAAUUAUUUCACUAACAGUGAAUUGGAUCUUUCAGCUGGCUCCAAAAACAUCAAACUGUGAUAACUUUGAUUACAUGAAUUCUCAGUUCUACCCCAUAACUACAAUUUAAGAGUCGUUGUACAAAGCUUUUGUCUCAGCACCAAAAAGUUAUGUUACAAACCAAGUAAGAACUUGAAUAAAUUAAUAACUUUUUUUUACCUUUUCUUGCCUCUUGACCCUAAUGCUGUUUCUUAAUAUCUAAAGAAAAUAUCUCCGAUAACGCUUGACAUCUGACUGUAUGCUGCUCAAUUUAGUAACAUGGGUUAAUUUUUGCAAUCGGUUAAGUUUAGCGAGUAAAGAUGUACAAUACCUGAGUGUACCGAGAGUUAAACCACUGUAUUUUGAGACCUGGGCGCCUGCGCACAUGUUGGACUAAACCCCAAUGAGCUCUCACACUGCCCUACAAACUUGUUUAUUGACGAGCAGAGGAUGAUUAAGCGUGAAUUGUUAUAGUGUGCGAAAAAAAAGCACCUUAAAGUUUAAAACUAGUAGUAUGGUUAUAAUGAAUGAAAUUUCUUAUUUCAAAACACAUUUAUGACGAGUGAGAGGGCUAAUAUGCAGUAGACAAACAGAUACAGCAGUGGACGUGACAAAAUUACCUGAGAUAACACCAAGAUGCUUAGUCAGGCACAACCGUGUGUAUACAAUUCCUAGUAUAUUCACGACUAAGAGACGAGAAUGGGUGUGCAGAUCGAACUAUGGAGCCCGAGUGUUUUUAACACUCAGGCCGUCCAAAUAACAUACAAAGCUCAACAUCAUAACUAAAGAGUGGUAUACAAAUAUUCCUUAAAUAAAGUCACUCAGGCUAAACUAUCCACGUGCGCCGCCUCAUACGAAAACCCAAAAACCCAAUGGGAAAAAAUUGGGAACGUAUUCCCCAACCGAUGCAGUCGCACAACCUCUGGGGGUUAAAGGUAAAAAAUCAAUCGAUAGAUGAAUAAAGUAAGAUAUAAAAAUAAAAGUUGAUAGUUCGAAAUACAUUUUAUGUGCACGGCACAAAACAUAUCAUCUUAUUAAAGUGGCGUGAAGAAUUUCAGAAGAAGUUCAGUAUUUAGCAUGCCAUGAGCAGGUGAAUUCAGCGGAUCCCAUAAAGCUAUACAACAAGGACAUUGUUUAUUCACUUAUUGUUUGGUUUCAUAUGUCGCCGCCUCUUACCUUAGCCAUCCUUUUUCAGUCGGCAUAUUUUAAUUCACUGUUUGAGAUAGAGUCCGCUGGGUUCAAGCACAUGAAAGUCACAGUCUUUGGAUUUUCUUUGUAGUUUUGUAUUUUUUUUGGUCACGUUCUUUUUACAGAUUCAGUCAAAACCCCACGAAAUCGCACCAUAAAACAGAAAACAAACAAAUGUGAACAAGCAAUAUUAAGUCUUGCUUUGCAUACCUAGUAUAUAUAAACACUAAUGUUGUGAAACGAACGAUUUACCACAUCCAGAACAGAUAAAGCACGUUUCAGACGAAGGUGGUCGACCAAUUUAACGGUGCAGUUAACGCGCGCAAAGUUAAAUAAUGGGCGACGUUCACAGUCUGUUUCUACAAUGCCGAGCUCACUGCACUAACAACUGACAAUUUACCUGUUCACGAACCUCUGGUCGCAGAUAGCGAACCAGGCCCAUCCUACUGGCAAGAGGCGAAGCAACUGUUGGGACUUGCAUGGGAGUUCCACUGGGCUGGGUUUGGUUUCCUACUGUACGUUUUAGCGGUGCGCUCUGUCUUUGUUUUAGCGCAAAUUCAAGCGAGAAAGGGUUUUGGACGAAGGCCAUUUUUUUUAGGCGUAAAGAUUUUGCUUGCUAUUUUAGGAACAACGCGCGCAUUGUUCUUAUUUUUUGAUCCCUACUCGUCUGGAGAAAAUGCAUGCCGGGUGUUCUGAAUACCCAGGUGGCUUUCAAGACUUGUUUACGGUAUAGCCUUUCCUUCUUUGACGCCUUCGUUUUGUUUGAUCCAUCUGGCUUUCCUGGACGUCACCAAGAUUAAACUAGGGUCUAAAAAGCUUCAAAGUGCACGCUUUGUUGGUGGUGUUAUAAUAUCUCAUUUCGCUCUGGAAAUAAUGGCGGCAGUUGCAAGUGGCCUCAAACAGGGGCACCCAACGAGAAUAUAGUUCAAAACCACUUCAACAUAGCAUUUUUAAACGUAUUUUAGUUUAAGCAUAUUUUUAUCUCCUAAAGAUUUUUCAUCUGCUCGGAUUUCCUAGUCUAGUGAUUCGAAAAUUAUGGGGACCAAAACUUACAUUUUCAAAAAUUUCAGCCAGAAAAAAUGCUCCCGAAAAUUGUAGGUAACCAUUUUAGGGUAAAAAUCCGUUAAAAAUGGGCAGUUGUCUAUUUUUUACAUGUUCGAAGAUCCUAGGAGAGGCAUACAAGCAAAAAAUUUUGCAAAACAUGUUCAGAAAAUUCUAGAUCUCAAAUCGUCUUCCGGAACAGAUAUUUUCCGAAAAUUGUCGUUGGGUGCCCCUGCUUAAACCAAUUCUAGCGCCGUCCCAGAUCUUUUGUGAGGCUUUCUUCAUUAUCUGGGGGUCUCUAUUGUCAGCGAGUUUCAUUUACAGUGGAUUGAAACUCAUUCAUCGCGAUGGGAAUGUACAGAAGCAACUGGAAGCUAUCGUAAUCGGACAAAGUACUUCAAGGACGGAUGGACGGUGAGGCAGAGAAAGAACCUGGAAAGUGGCAAAAAUUACGAUUGCAACAAGUAUUCUGGGUUUUUUGUUGCUGUGGACUCCAGCGUUAUUUAAUGUUCGGCGUUUACAAUUUCUAUAGUCAUGUAUAGUAAAGUUAAAACUCCGUCUCCUUGGCCAUGGUGGUUUUUCCUUACAGGUUUCCGGUUGUUUGAAUUCUGUAUGGCUCGUACAAUAGCCUACAGCGUGACGCAAAGGCCGCGAAACAUGAACAACGAGGGACAUACAUAGACGCUGUUAGACUGUUAUUGUCAGUUCAUUGAAAGAUUGAAAGGAAAAUUUGACUCACGUUCAGCUAGGCCACGAUUGAACUGGUCGGGCUGUAAUUUUAAGUGAAUUAGAUGGUUCUCUCUUUCAUUAUAAAGCACCGAAAUUUAAUAUUUAAAAACCCAGCCGAAAGCAAGACCGUCUUACCUUUAGGCUUAAGGGGUUCACGACGCUUAAAUUUAGGUGAAUUUAUCACUGCGGAAACAAAUCCAAAGGCACCCGAUAGCAGAGAUGAUUUUUGCAAUGACCUUUAAAAAAAGCAUUUUCUAAUUAGCGUCUCUAAGUUACAAGUCGCAAGCAAAGGUAAUCUCUUUAAGCAAACGCCCUGACCUUGACUUAAGCGAACAACGAAGUAUACAGUCCCUAAAAUCAAAAUGCAUGUCCAAAAUAUUGGAAGCAACGUUAAGCUUUUCCACUGAGUGGAGAUCUGAACGGCAACCAAGAGCUAUUUUCCAAACAUAUGUAUUCAUUCUUACAGUCAUUUACCAGUCUUAAAUUAUUACAAAGAAUAACUGACACAUGAUUAAAGAAACUCUGAAGAAACCAGGCCUUUUGACAAAAGGUCGUAUUAAAUGCACCCUACUAGCCAUCGCCGUGCAAAUAUCUUCCAGUCUCUUUCUCUCCGAUAUAUUUAGGCUGAAUCUUAAGUUUCUCCAUUGAAAUCAAAAAGUUCAGUUGUGAUUGUAUUCAACAUACUACUCGGCUCACGUGUCAAGUCAUGUGUAAUCUAACGGCAGCAAUUUUGCUACCCAGCCGUAACCAGUAACCUCCGGUCCAUGUACAGUGCGGAAGUCUAAACUGUAGCUGCUGAGUGGAGCUGGAGAAUUUUUAUGAUCAUGUAGGUUUGAUCCAACAUCAGCUAAAAAGUGGCAUGAAAUGUGAAUUUUCCAAUUCAAACAAGUUCAUAUUUAUAAACGACGGCGCAAUAUUCAGUUUUUUAAUUUUAGUUGAAGUUGUCCUCUUGACUGAUAUAGUUAGGUAUCGCCCGUCUCUGUCACAGACCGCUCAGGAAAACAGAUUUUUAAAGGUUUCUUUUCUUUUUUUGCCCAAAAAAAGUUGUCUCAGGUUUCCGUUAAAGAAUAGUUGGAAGUUGGAAGUUGGAAGUUGGAAGUUAGAAGUUGGAAGUCGGAAGUCGGAAGUUGGAAGACCCUUCUCGGCUUUCGUAGUUUUGAGCAAGAUAUGACAUGGCUCAUGUACAUAUUGUAGUCCAAAUUUAUCCUUGGUUUUAAGUUUUUUCUUUGUUUCAUAAACUCAUUAUCUUACGUAACCUUGGCACUCAAACAAAGGAAAAACCCAUUUAAGUCAGGGAUAAUUUAAUUGAUCCACAACAUACAUUCCUGCAUAGGCCUUUCACUUAAAGCAAGCAUUGCCCCCGAGAAAGUGGAACGGCUUCCCGCCGGCACGAAAACAGCUCGGUUAUGCUGAUGGCGGAGUAAAUAAUACAGAACAUGCUAGUAUUAUCAUGGCACGUUCUCCUGGUGUGUCCGUGUCUGAACGUAAGCAAUAGCUUCAACACUGAGCUGCCGGGCGUUUCCGGGUCAUGUCACGGUUUGCUUCUGGCCUUUUUUAUCCUUGAAAAGUGGUUUAAAUGAAGACGAUAAUUACUCAUACUCUAUUUAUAACACCUAUUUUGUAUCACUAUAAAGCGACACUAAAAGAUGAAGUGGUACCGCCAGUGCUAAGUUUGAUGGCUUGAGUUAAGUGCACCAGAGAGUUGACUUGCCAUCUCUUGAAGAUUGUAUUUUGAUUAUUAAUAAGGACAGUGAUAGAAAGAAGCAUUAAUUGUAAGUGGCUGAGCAUUCAUUUUUCUUUAACUACUUGCUGUAUUUGUUGCGUGUCGAGUAUUUGAUUAUAGUUUUAGCACUGAAUACAACUAAUUAUGUAUGUAUCUUGAUAUCUUUCAUGAUGUGGACGUUUGAAGGGAAGGCAUUGAUUUGAAGGUUUUUCUAAAAACUUUUUUGUAGUUAAAACUGGACAAAGAAUCGUCAGUGAACACUCAGGAAAGUGAACGGGAUAGAUUUGAUCGAAAAAGCCUAAAAGUGAUCGACUUCUUGCAAAGUUUCAAAAAUCAUUCUUCUCAAUAUAACAGAUUAUUGACGGACUUGAUUUCAUUGCAGAUAAUGAUGAACUGUCAUUAAAUAAAACGACAAACUCUACCCAAUCCACGACAACACCGCCAGCCGCUACCUGGUUUUGAUCGCCGAAGCCUAUAAAAAGCGCCAUCCUCACAGGCAGAAGUGACAAAGUGACACAUUAUUGACUGAGUUAAAAUCUGCUAAAGAUUUUUGGCAUCUAGUUCAUUUGAUUGGGACAAUGUCAAAUCCAUUGGGUACGAUCACAAACUCGACCCAAUCCACGACUCCACCAGCUGCCGCCGAGCCAGGUCCCGAUUGGCCUGUAGCGAAAAAGCUUUGGGGAUUUGCUUGGGAAUUCCAUUGGGCUGGACUGGGAACUCUCUUCAGUGUCUUAGCAGUACGCUGUUUCCUUGUUCUACUGCAAGUUCGAACCAGACAGGGAUUUGGUCGAAAGCCCUUGUUUAUAGCCAUAAACUCUUUGCUUUUUACUUUAGGUGCAACGAGAGCCUUGUUUUUAUUUCUUGACCCUUACUCCUCAGCAGAAAAUGGGAUUGAAAUCCCACCCUGGAUAUCAAUAUUGGUUUUUGGCAUAACCUAUCCUUGUUUGACAUCUUCCUUCUGUUUGAUUCACUUGGCUUUUAUUGAAGUGGCAAAGAUCCAGCUUGGAUCUAAAAGGCUCCAAGAUGUUCGCUUUUUAGGUGGUAUCAUUGGAAUUCACUUUGCCAUCGUAAUAACUGCAGGAACAACAAUUGCCCUCAAACCCGAUUCUGCAUCGUUAUUGCUGAUCAUAUGCCAAUUAUUCUUCAUCCUCUGGGGCCUUAUACUGUCUGCGAGCUUUAUCUACAGUGGUUUGAAAGUCAUCAAUCAAGCUUCGAGAGUACAAAAACAAAUCGAGAGAAUCGAACUUGUACAUAGCACAAUCAGAAGAACAUCUAAAAGACCAAGGAAAACAUCAAAAGUUGCUAAAGUAACUCUUGUAACGAGUGUUUUGGGAUUUGUUUGUUGUGGACUGCAGAUUUAUUCAAUGUUCGGUGUUUAUGGAUUGUAUAGUAAAGUUGUUAAUCCGUCUCCUUGGCCCUGGUGGGUAUUUCAAACGUGUUUUCGGUUGGUUGAAUUCGUUAUGGCUUGUACACUAGCCUACAGUGUGACGCAGCCUGUGAAACCCAGAAACAUGGCCAAAAACUGA